AUGGAAUCUACUCACUUAACGACAAGUUUAAGCUCAAAUCUUUUGCAUUUCUCAAGCGAUUUUCCUUUAAAUAAUCGUUCACAUACCAAACAAAAAUUACUUGAAAAUGCAAUGAAUAAAGAAAGCUUUUUAUGGUCAAAUCAAGAAGAUUCUUCACGCUCAUUAACAAACCAUUCUCGGAGUAAAAGCCUUAACCAUAACUUCAAUAAAAUACAAAUAAGUCUAACUCCCCCCUCCGUGAGUGAACAAAACCAUUAGAAAAAUCCCUAUUUUUUGCCAACCCACCCUCCGUCAGUGAACAAAAAUUUUUUUAAUAGAAAAAUUUUGAUAUAUAAAUGAUAAUUAUUAUAAUGAAAAUCUAGAGCUAAUUCUGUUUAAUUUUAAACGAAUUGCUUUUUAAAACAUAAAUUUUAAAUUAAAUUAAAUUAAUAUUUGAUUUCCAAUUUUUGCGAAUUAGGAUUUUUUUAAAUUUCGAAAAAAAAUAUUUUUUUAUAAAAUAUAUAUAUAAAUUUGUUUUAAAAAAAAAAAUUAACCCCCCUCCGUGAGUGAACAAAAUUUUUUUGUUCACUCACGGAGGGGGGGGGAGUAAGUAAAGCACAAAAAAACUAUUAUCAGGAAAAAGAAAAAACCCCUAAAAAAAUUAAUCAAUCUCCGGAUUUAAAUAAAAAGAAAACUCAUUAUAAAGUAAAUUCUGUCGAAAUUCAGCAAGAAAGAAAAGUUAAUAAAAGUGUUGAAGGGAUAAGAAGCUCAGCCGAUAAUUUUAACAGACGAAAAGCAAGCUUGAUAUGACCAAAUGAAGAAAAAGUAGGUUUCUUAUCAAAAAAUUAUUCUAUGGCUCAAAAUGAAAACCAACAACGCCAAAAAACUGUAUCUUCCAUCAAAUCAAAAAAUAUUAUUGUAAAAUUUAUUUAGGAUCUAAAUAAAUCCAAAAAUAAUCAUGAUUGAAAUGAAAUUUCAGGUUGCAUUGCUUAUUUGCUAUGUGAAGUGGAUCCAAAAAUAAAAAUAACAAACGAAAAACAUAUGAAAAAAGAAAUGAUGCUUUAUUUCAAUGAUUUGAAUCAUGUCAUACAGAUGCUGAAGAAAUUACCAUGAUUUCUUAAAGAAAAAAGAAUUUCAAAAAGUAAAAAUUACAUAGCAAACAUCACAAAAUCUCACCAGAAUUUCUUAAAAGCUGAUUUAUCGAAAUUGCCUUCGAAUUCAAAAACGCCAAAAAUAAUAAAAUUAUUAAAAAGUAUUUUCAGUUCUCUUAAAAUUGAAGACCAUGAUAAAAAGGAGCUUAAAGGCAAUGGAAAUAAUGCACUUCAAAGCAAGUGCGAUGAAGAUAUCAAAAUUAUUACGGAUCCUGAGAAAAGUUUAAUAGAAAGCAUAGAGCAAAAAAAGGAAGUAGAGAAUAUUGUUGAAAUUGAGGUAGAAUGCAUAAAUAAACAGGAUGCUCUAAUAAGCGCACAAACAUCAGAACUUAUUGAUGAGAAGUUAUUUACACUUAAAGUCUCAAACCAAGCAGAAGAAAAUAAUGAACAUAUCGAAACUGAUAGUUCUAACUUCGUUCCAAUACAAGAUUCUUUAUCUGGGGAUAAUCCUAUAAAAUACCUUGAUGAAUGCAAUGAGACCAAGGCUUCGAAUCAAGCAGAAGAAAUUGGUGAACACAUAAAAACUGAUAGUUCAAACUUUCUUCCAAUACAGGAUUCUUUAUGUGGAGAUAAUCUUUUAAAAUGUCCUUAUACUUACGAUGAAAUCAAAACUUCGAAUCAAACAGAAGAAAUUUAUGAGCACAUAGAAACUGAUAGUUCAAACUUUCUUUCAAUGCAAGAUUCUUCGAAUGGAGAUAAUCCUCUAAAAUGCCCUUAUAUCUACUAUGAUGAAUCCUCAUUUUCAUCUUUUGAAUGGUCAGAAAAUUUUCGCUCUUUAUCUCGAUUAUCAAGCGAUUCUGGGGCAUCAAAAUCUUCACUUUUGCAAAGAUUUUACCAAAAAUCAGGCUAUAUUGCUAGCUCCCUAAGGAAGCAAAAUUUAUUUUAACGGAAAAUAAAAAUUGUUUCUUAAAAUUUCUAUAAAAUCCAAAUUAUUAAAUAUUUAAAAGUAAAAAUUUAAUUACAUUAUAUCAAGCUAUUUUUUAUAGCGUGCAAUAAAUUUGCUCUCUCAUGGAUAUGGGAUUAAGGAGCCACAGAUUUUAUCUGAAAUUUUAAUUAAUCCUGGAAUCCCUCCAUUAAUCAGCGAUAAUGAUACUCCAAAUUUUUCUUCUAAGUCUAAAGCUGAGCAGAGUCCAAUAAGAAAAAUCCUCAUACCAUCAAAUAAAGUGUCGUCCGCAUCUCCAAUUCCAUAUAAAUCUCCAGCUAUAAAGCCUAAAAGUGUACAAAUUACUCCAAGAAAAAAUGAAAAUUGUCUAGAUUCUGCCAGAAAAUCAAAUGAAUUUAAUAAAAGAGUUGAAGAGAAAAAUAAAUUUAACUCUGAAGCAAAAUGCAAUAAAAUUCUCGAAGAAAAAUUUCAAGUCUUUUUAGAGAGAAAGCUAAAGGAAGACAAAAGUCAGAAAAAUUCUCAAUUUCAAAAAAAGCAUAAUUGGAUGUCAGAGUUCAAAAACUGUAUAGAAAUGAUAGAAAUUGGCAAAGAAUUUGAAAAAGAAAUAAUACACAAAGCUAAACGUUUUUUUAUUUCUCAUCUUUCUGACAGAUUAUAUAAUCGAAUUUUAGUAAAAGCACAAAAGCAUAUAGAAGAAGAGCAAAAUCGUUAUGCUUAUGACAUGGAAAUUCAAGAAGCUCAAGCAGAUGUUGCUAAAGAAAAGCAGAAACUCCAAGAAGUUUUGUCAAAAUAUUAUAAAUAA